AUGAGCAUUAUUUUCGGCAGAAGACAAUGGAGCAGGUGCCUCCGUGGAUGGUCUUUUCAGGCCAGGGGCACGCAGCUGAUUUUGUUGCUGCUAGUACACCAAACAUACAACCAUGUACUGAGUGAAAGGAUCGUUGAGAGCAUUUAUGAAGAUGUGGACUUGAGCGACAACAUCUACAGUAAUUCGACGGCUAGUGGCAAUGGUGGACCAGCUGGUCAAAGUAGCAAUGUUGUGCAUUCAUUCCGCUUUCGCGAUUUCGAGCCACGCUCCAUGGGUGAAAUAAAUUCAAAAGAUGUUGCAGAGGAGAUGAGUAAUAAAUUGAGGGAAAGUCUGUUUGAAAAACGCAAGGCGCGUGGAAUACAUUUCGAGGCUGACGGAAAAGAUCUCUCCAUAAACCUUGAAUUCAUUGUGCCUGUCUUCCGAGUGCCCAUUGAACGCAGUUUUGAAAUUACACAGACGGCUUUUCGUAAAUUUACCGAUUUAAAUUCGCGUAACCUUCUACUAGGCGGCGGUCUUGCUGUUGCAGGUGCUCUUGUUGCGGCAGUGAUCAAAACCGUGACCACGCCAACAUUCUAUGGAUAUGGCUACAAGAAAGCCAAUCGUGGCGCAGAUUUUACGGAAGGACUCAGCUUCGUCAGUUAUGAUCCGGUGGGCGGUGACGGUGUUACGGUAAAGAAAUCUGUUAGCAGAGUCCAAGAUGUGUUAAAUGUGCUGGAACGAAGUCUACACGCUAAUAACGUGAAUAUAAGUGCGUGCGCUCAGCGCGCCAUCUGCGGUUACGUCCAGCAAGCCACAGCAGUUGUUCGGGCAGGUCGUGCAUCUCCAACUGAACGCAUAGUCGAUGGGCUCGUCAAUUUAGAUCUGCUAAGGGUUUACCUUAAUGGCACAACUCUGAAGAAAGCCAUAGAUUUAGGGCGUACAAGUAAUGCGACCACUUGCGAGCACAUUUAUCGGAACUGUAAAUGGUCAAACAUGAAGAAUACAACAUGGAAAAUUGUUGCGAACUUUUUGGUCAGUUACUUAGAACGACUCAGGUAGUAUUAAACAUAACUGUAACUGUAUUAAAUAUUCUUAAAUGUAACUGGGAUUAAACAUACAGCUAUAAUAUUUAUUAUGUAUGUACAUAUGU